AUGACCAAUCUGGAGGGCGUUCGAAAAUACGGAGCCCGAGGCGACGGCGACGACGGCGACGACGACCACCGCCACUACGCCGACGACGACCACCACGAAGUCCACGAAGACCGCGAAGACCGCGACCGCGGCGGCGGCGGCGGCCGCUGGAAAGCGAUGGACUCCACAGACCUGCGAGCCUACACUCCUUCGCCCGACGACCGCCAGACCAGAGCCGAGAGACGCGCAGCAGGCGGCGGUGACAAACUUGCGGCCGUGAGAGAGGUCUGGGACAAGUGGGUCGAGAGGCUGCCGCUCCUCUACAACCCCGGGGCCGACGUGACGGUGGACGAGCAACUGGUCCCUUUCAGAGGCCGAUGUCCUUUCCGCCAGUAUAUCCCAAGCAAGCCGGCCAAAUACGGCAUCAAGACAUGGGUGGCCUGCGACUCCAAAUCCAGCUACGCCUGGAAGAUGCAGGUCUACACCGGCAAGGCCACAUGCGGAGGCCCCGAGAAGAACCAGGGGAUGAGGGUCGUGCUCGAUUUGACGCAGGGACUCAGGGGUCACAACGUCACCUGCGACAAUUUCUUCACCUCAUACGAGCUCGCGCGCCAGCUCCUGACCAGGAACGUCACCGUGGUCGGCACAGUCAGAAAGAACAAGCCAGAGCUCCCGCAGGCGCUGCUCGCCUCAAAGGACAGGCUCCUCUUCUCCUCCAAGUUCGCCUUCACGCCCACCACCGCUCUAGUGUCCUACCUGGCAAAGAAAAACAAGAACGUCUUACUCCUGAGCACGCUGCACACCGAGGCUCACGUUAGCCGUCGCCAGGACAAGAAGCCGGCCAUCGUCCUAGACUACAACAGCAACAAGGGAGGUGUGGACAACCUAGACAAGGUGAUUGGAACCUACAGCUGCAGGAGGAUGACCGCGCGCUGGCCCCUGGUCAUCUUCCACAACAUUUUUGACGUGUCCUCUUACAACGCUUUUGUCAUAUGGCGAGAGCUCAACCCCACUUGGAUGCCUGGCAAGAGAAACAAGAGGAGGGUGUUCCUCGAGCAGCUGGGAAAGGCACUAGUGACUCCGUUCAUACAAAGAAGGGCCCGUCUCCCUCGCACCGAAGCCUCUGCGGCGCUCGUCAAAGCUGUUCAGAGGGCUACGUAUCGUGAUCAGCCCCGGCGGGAUCACGCCCCCGCAGCACCGGACCACGCAGCACCGCCGGCCCAAGCACCCAACCCCGCACAACCCACCAACCUGGGUGGCAAUGUUAUAGACACCCACAUGAUGGCGGCAGCAUACUGA